AUGCUUUACGGCGCCAUGAACGGCUUCACAAAGAACCAAAGAGGAGCGCAUUCCGUAGGGGUAUCCGGGCUUGCGUUGCCUGUGCAAAAGCGCGUCGAAGGUGCAGCGGCGAUGAUCCGUGUGCUGCUUGUGCAAAGAGAUAGAAGCCAUGAAGAGCUCGAUCCAUUUGUUUCCGAGCGCAGUUUCGACUCCGAUCGAACUGUCAUGACUGCACCUGUCAUGGAGCGCAGUCCACAGAGUGCAGCACAACCUCAAACAUCUCUCUGCUCUCAUGAUGAUAUGCCGAGUCAAUCACCCGAGAUGAUGGCCAAUCUACCUCUCCAGCCCUUUCUAACUGAUUCGUUGCUACAACUUCAGCAAAGGGCAGGCUCUGAAGCUCAACAAAUUUCAAGGCGACCAGAUCCCAGAUUCUCGCGUCAUAACGGUCUUUCGUCAAUCAAUUGGCUGCCUGACAACUGGAUUCCGGAUUUCGAUUUCAACUCUAGGCAAUCACCGCCGCAAGAUGCAGGUAGCUACUCUGGUCCGGCACAAAUGUCCCAAGACCAAUCAAUGAGCGACCCUGAUAUUGGUAGUGCGGUCUUGAAUGCGAAUGAAAAUCCAUUUCCAUUUAGUAAUAACCAAGCGAUCAUUGCGCCGGAGAAUUCCAAUAGCAAAGGCGUCGGUUACUACUAUGUCGACGGAGAUGGCGCACGACUGCCUCGUAUACGCAAAGCAUUGCAUCAAUCUGCUCAUCCAUCCUCAGAUACCCAUACCCAGCUCACCGACGCAGAUGGACCGCAAACUAUCUAUAGCAAAUACAGAUUCCCUGGCUGUGAAUACACAUCUCACGACGGUGCCAAUAUCUCAUCAUCGGGAAACCAGCAGAUUCCCAUCGAGAUUUACAGGGAUAUCUUGCAAGCCUUUAAUCAAACGUUUCUUGUCGUGGCCAUGCAUGAGUUUCUGCGACGUGCUAUAAACAUGGUUUUGGAAACAGGCAAUAACGCAAGUAUUGAGAGACUUGUCUUUACGCAAAUUAGGUUGCUAAACUGUAUCGGAAUGAUGUACUGCGGAGCUCAGCAGUUGAUUGAGCGGGCCAAGGCAUCCAGGAUCGAGUUGGUUGCAUUCUGUGAGACAGAAUGGGUCAACUAUACAGAGCAACAAGACCAAUUCGUAAGAAGCGAUAUAAUCGACCAAGCAGCCUCUGACUGGAAGGUGUGGUGUUACGCGGAGAGCCGCCGAAGAACUGGCUACACCAUAUGGCUGCUAGAUUGUAUGUGGUCGUUUCAAUUCCAGAUGCGCCCCCUUCUAUCUUUGGAGGAUGCCAGAGUUCCUGUACCAUGUCAAGAGGUUCUGUGGGAAGCAAGCACGGCUCUCGAUUGGCGACAGCUCUACAGCGUCUCGACAAAAAAUCUCUCAUUGCAUCAAGUCAUUCAGAUCUUGUACGUCGAGAAACGACUCCAGUCUUCAACGGGCGAAUUCAGUCGAAUUCUUUGCAUCCACGCUCUUUUUCGGCGAACCUGGGAAGUAGAAGCCUACUUCAAACAGCCACUUACCCUUUGGAGUCCUUCCGCGGAAAAGCAAGCCAUCGAGUCCAAACAGAUGUCGAGUCCUGUCUGGCUUCCGGGAAUUCUGACAUAUUCCAGAUGGAGAAACUCGGCUUGUGACUGCCUCGAUGUUCUCCAUUGGCACGCGAACAGUGUCAUUGGUGCCGCAGGUGGGAUGGAGCAUCCAACGGUCCUUCAUCUUCACCUUGCGCGAGUAGUUUUACUCACGCCGUUCCGACAUAUAGUGCAAUUGGUUCUUUUGAUGACCGGGGAACGGGAACCGGAGAGUGCUGAACAAAUCACUGAAACGAAAACACAUAUACGACGAUGGGCCGUCGAAGAUCAAUACAAGGCGAGACUCGCCAUGAUCCAUGCUGGAGUUUCAUUUUGGCAUGUUCGUCGCUAUUCGGUAGAUGGCUUCUACGAACCAUCAGCUGUGUUUCUUGCUACCCUUGCAAUGUGGGCUUACGGCACCUUUGCUCCCCACACAUCUAGGCCAACAGAGGAUUCCCAUUGUCCCCAGAGUGAUGAAGACGCCGAAUCUCCAUUUCCCACCUCGAUGCAAUUGGACAGGCCUGCUGAUGAUGAGCUUGUGCAGUUAUUUGUGAAGAGAGGAGCAUCUAUUCGUGCAAAUGUCACGGGCGUGGGAAAUCUAUGCAGCCGAAAGGGUCCUAGUCGUGUGCUACUGGAGGGCAGAAAGCUGCUUAUGGAUUUACGUUGUUGGGGAUAUAGUCAAUGGAAUGUCCGAACUUUGACACUUCUGGUAGAGGUGUGUCAAGAGAACAUGUCGUUGGAAAUUUAG